CUGUGUACGUUGUAUAAAACUAUAAAAAAUGGCUAAAAAGGCUUCUGUUGAAAUGCUCACUCGUUUGCAAGCGAUAAACGAUGAGAUGGAAUUCUAUAUGGAAUUGUUUAGCAUCCCGGAAUCAAAAGAGGAAGAUGAUGAGUCUGAAUAUUUGUUGGACUCUGAAGAGAAACCCAAGAAAAAAAAGUUGGAAAAGACAGCUGAUACCGAAGAGGACAAGACACACCGGGUAGAGGUUAAGAAGAACAAAAUCACUGCCAAGUACAUGGGACGCAAAAGUAAGGCGAGCACUGAUCCCCACAAAGUGGAACGCAAGAAAUUGAAAAAAGAGAAACAGUUGAAGAAAAAGCUAAAAACCAGCACCGCGAUGGCCAUCAAACAGGAACAGCAGCGCAGUAAACUAAUCGAACACAAGCCACUGGAAGUAAAGAAAGAAAAGAAACCGGCACCGAUGUUCAAUGCGGAAGGGAAAAUUGUAUUCUCCAAGGUUCAGAUUGAUGAAAGUGAUGUGCAAAAGAAGGGCAUUGAAACCGACACGAAGAAACUGCUGAAGAAGGUUAUCGACAACAAAAAGCAGCUAGCAGAGUUGAAGGAAUCGGGCGAUAUGGAAAAGUAUGCAGAAAUAAAGAAGAAACAGGCCUGGGAGAAAGCGUUGGCCAAAACCGCUGGUCAAAAGGUGCGCGAUGAUCCGGAGCUGCUUUCAAAGAAGCUGAUCCAACGUAAGAAGCAGAUUAAAAAAUCGAAGGAAAAUUGGAAGGAACGACAGCAGAAGCUUGAACAUCAGCAGAGCCAGCGACAGAAGGAACGAACGGCUAACCUUAAGGAACGUGCUCAAAAGAAAAAGAACACCAAGCUGAAGCGUAUGGCCAAGAAGGGACGAGUCAUACCUGGAUUCUAGAAAU